CCCGAAUGCUGUUCGGUUGAUAGUAUCGGAUGGACUUCCGCCGGUUCCCGAGGCAUGUUCUGACGGUUAUUUGCAACUGCCGUUUCGCUUCUCCGAUAAACGUCAUGAUUACUUGAGAAGGAUUCUCUGUGCGACACGUGUCUCUGUCAUCAUUACAAAAAACGUGUCCUCUUCUGAUUGGCAGCUGAAUCGGCGUGACAGAGUAUAAAUAGGCUCUUCUGGUUUUGAUUCUGGGUUUCGAAACUUUGCAUCUCCGGCUUAUAAUUCAUCCUUCUCUAGAGCUUCAUCCGUAGCUUCUGUUCAGGUAUCCUUCGAGUUUCCUUCUACUGUUUAGUUCCCUCGUUCGGUGAGAAUGGCACCCCUUCGUUCAUCUGAACUUUCUACCUCCGGUACUGUAAUUCCAGAAGAAAACCCCAAUGAUACGCUGCAAGUUGUCCGUAUUCCGGCGGAGGUUAACGGCGAUGAUUCCUCUUCCUCCGAUGUUUAUUCUGAUGGCACCAAAUCGGGGGAUGAAUUGGAGGUUAUGGAAGCCGGCCCUCCAAGCGGCGUUUCCUGUCAUAAGCUUGACCUAGCUCUUAUUAGGUUUAGGCGCCAAAAGCUCACGGCCCAGAAUCGGGCCCAAAUUCAGAUGCUAAUUCCUGAUUCGGUGGACUUCCGCCUUCAAUCGGGUCUUCACCCAAUGCGCCACUUCCCAGGGAUGGUUGUGGUCCAUUUCGACUCAGUCAAGGCCGGCCUUAGAUUCCCAAUUCACCCCUUUUUUGUCUCCCUUUUAAAUUUUUACAAUGUAGUACCAGCCCAAAUAAUGCCGAACUCCUACCGGUCGAUAGCUGGUUUCAUUUGUCGUUGUCACAGUGUCGAGGUCACACCCACUCUAGAGCUUUUCCACUAUUUCUUUUCGGUUAUCCCUCAGCAGUCCCACGGCUUCCUGGUGGUAAGCUCCCGUCCAGGACAUAUUUUGUUCUGUGAUGCCCCUUCUUCCAUUAAGGGUUGGAAAGAUAGGUUUUUCUUUGUCUCUGUCCCGAACGGUUUGAUUCCUAGGAAGUGGAACGCAUUUCCUCCUAAAUCCCCCGAGCCAUUCAUCUCUGAGGAGCUUAGCCAAGAUGUCAUUGCUGUGGAGGCAGGAGGCUGUUUCAAAAUCAUGUCUUACCUGACUCCCGAACGGCUAAUUAGGGCCGGGAUAGGUACUGCCCGUAUUCCUGGACCUACUUGACUGAAAACCAAGUACCAUGGCCCGGGCGGUCCUUCCCGUGUGAUAGUACUAUAAAUCCACGUGUGAACCGCUCGGUACUAACUUGUUCCUUUGUUAUCUUUUCAGCUCUAAAGCAAGGCGAAUCUUCAGACUCCGAAGGAGCCAAUCCCGAACAACCGGCUAUGGAUGACAGCAGGCUUUUCACUGUUGGAUUUGAUGACGAGCCACCAACCUCUCCUCCCAAGCAGCAGAGGAAGACAAAGAGGAAGAGGUUGAGGAAGGCCGAUCAGGGGACAUCCUCCCAAUCCGCCCCCGUCGUCCCCGAGCAGUCUGAACCUGUUCGGGAUGUAGAACCUGUGCAGCAGGUUGCCCCUGAACAGCAAUCUUCACAUGCUGAUAUGCUGAUGGAUCAGCUCUUCUCUGAUCAGCAGCCUCACCACUUUUCCGCUGAGGAACUGGCCGCCAACCAGGCUGAUUUGGCGAGCCAGUUUGAGCAGAUCUCCCUUCAAGAUCCCGCUCAUGGAAUGCUGGAAAGGGGAGGCUGUCCAGCAAGCCAGAUUUGGUCCACCUCGGGCUUCCUUAAUGGGCAUAACCUUCCUCCGAUGCCGGUCGAGGAGGCCGAAGAGUGUAUUGCCUUGGCUGCCCUGAAGGUAGGGAUCUACAGCCUGAAACUCAGAGAGGCCAGGCAGGCCAAGGAACAAGGGCUGCUGAUGGCCAAGGAAACGGCUGAACAGGCAUCAGAGGCCGAACGCCGGGCUUUUGCCGAGGAGCGGAGGAAGCUAGAAGCUGAGGCUGGGGAGCUUCGUGUCAUGGUGGGCUCUCUCCAGGCCAAGAUCGCGGCAGCUGAGGCCGCUCAGGUCAAGUUUUCUGAGGCCCCUCCUCAAAUCCCGGACGGCCCGGCUGAAAUGUUAGUUGAUCUAUCUGCCGUUCGGGAUCAAUUCAAAGCUUCCGAGGAGUUUCUGGCUCUCAAGGAAGAAUACGCCACCGAACAGCUCCCUGCUGUUUUCGGGAGGCACUUGGAGAAACUGGCCGGAGAAGAGCGCCAGAAGGAGGGGAUCAGGGUGCUUGAUCAGCAUUCUGUCACCAAGGAGUGGGCUGAAAACUUCGCCCGCGGGGUCUACAGCUCAGGUUGCCAACAUAUGCUUCAGCCUCUCCUCCCCCUCAUAGAAAAACAUAUGGGCCGAGCGGUGCAACCCUCUGACUUUCCCGCUGAUCUUCAUCCCGAUCAUCUGAACGCCCUGAUGGCUCAGAUGAAAAAGUGCCGGCGAGCCCUGGGGAUGGAUGUGGUGCAAAUUGUUGACGAAGCUGAUGAUGAAGAAGAUGAUGAAGAGGGUGAAGAUCAUCCCGAACAGUAGAUUAGACAUUAUCUGUAUUUCCUUUCCUUUGAAUCAGUAGUUUUUGUACUUUCCGGCCAGUAGAGCCGAUGAAUAUACAAUUUUUGCCUGCUCAUCUCGUCUUUGUGACUUACUGUACUUCAUAUUUGUUUUUCACCUAUCAAUUUGCC